AUGUUUAUCGAAGAGUAGUUAGUCAAGAAAGAUUAAAUUCAAGCGCAAAGCAGUAUAGCUUAGGUUGAAAGCGACCUAACAACCAAUCCCUGCAGCUAAAAUCAAUUGAUAAAUGUUAAAAUAAGCUAAGAAGAAUAAAUAGCUUCUAAUUAAAUAAGCUAAAUAACAAAUUCAUUGUGUAAGAAUAUAUUCAAUGAACAGGACAUUACAAAUUAGAUAUAUUCUUUGCAGUAAAACGCUAAUAUAAAAUAAGAGGUUUUAAAUAUACUAUCAAACAUUAAAUUAGAAAAAAAUACUUCAGAACUUGCUCUUCUUCCAUACAAGUAGAUAGGUAGUGAAACAGAAAAAAUUUUUAAUGAUGAAUGCAAAAAUAGUAGCCAUUAGUCUUUAAAUGAAGGGGAUUAAACAUUAAAACUCAAUAAAGAUAAAAAGAUUUGGAAUUUAAAAACCCCUUACAAAAGAUUUGGAGAAUAUAAGUACAAUAAAGUAUUUUUGUUUCAAAGCCUUAAUGAUCCCAAGGAUGAAGUGUAUAUGUGUUAAGGAGAAUUAUAAGUUGAUGUUUAAGUAUUGAAGAAAUGCGGUGAUAAUAUGGAAUAUUCUAACCCUUAUUUGAGCUAGCCUAGACCUACUACAAUAUCUCCUUUUACAUUUUAUCGCACUCCUGUUCGUGUUGUAAAGUAUAAAACUUUAAAUUAUACAGAACUAGUACUUGAUUAAAAUAAAAAAGUUUUAACAGAUUUUGAUUCUUUGUUUUAAAGCUUAGGUUCUAUCUAAUCUGUCUUAUCUUAUUCUUAUAUACAAGCAAUAGCUGAACAUUUAAAGGUGAUGAAUUAAGAUGAAUAAUUAAAACUCAAAGAACUUAAUGUGUUGUUUUCUUCAAAUUAAAAGUUUAAAUAAAAGUUGUAAAAGCUGGAAGAUAAAUUAAAAUAAAAAUAAAAUAAAAGUUUUAGUAGAGAAAAUCCUAUGUUUGAAAUGGAUGAUGAAGAUAGUGAAACAAACAUAGAAUAGAACUUAGAAAAGAGUUUCAAAGGAUGCAAAAACACUAUUGAAUAAAAUUAAUAUCAAAUUUUUAUUUAAACUUUAAGAUUGCAUAAAGAGGAAUCGAUAAAUCAAAAAAAGAUCAUCCUCUCUUAAAUAUUUAAAGAUUAGUGCUUCAUAUAUGUGUAAAAAGAUAAUGCUAGAAUGAAUCUCAAGGAAAGAACAACUUAUUAUGGGAUAAGUAAUGAAUUUGAAAAGAUUCUCUUUGGCAAAUACGACUUCAGUCACUAUUCUAUCCAUUCUGGAUUGUUUCAUCCUUACCAUGAUUAUUAUAGUCAUUUACAACAUUUUUUAGUUCACCUAUUAAAUUACUAAGACAGAAGAGUUAAUCUAAGGACUUUUGAUAAUUAUGUAAUUCAAGGCUAUCUUAGAAGACAUGUUUUCACAAUAAAUACUACUUAGAUACCAUAUACAAAUUUAUAAUUUACUGAUACGAUAGUACUUCAUUAAUUUAUUAUAGAUUAAAGCCAUUUGAUACAACUGAAUGAAAAAAGAAAACUUAACAAAUAAAACAUAGACUUAGAUAUUAAUUAAAAUGACAAAAACUACUUUGAAUCUGCUAAAUUUUUCAUUAGUAAAUAUUAUGGCUAACAAAAAUUGAAAAAAGUAAUUUCCUAAAAUAAGAAAGAGUAAGAUGAUGACUAAUUAAGGAGACAUUAAGCUAAAUAUAAAAAAAUAAAUUAAAAUAAUUUUCAACAAACAUAUAUUAAUUAAAAUAAAUCUGAAUCCAUAACAAAAUUUAAUAGUAAUAACUCAUUUUUAUAAUCUAAAAAUAACUAAUAAUAAGAUCAUUUAUAAUAUAAUAACAAUAAAAAAGAAAUAGAAGAAGAUGAAUUAUAGUAAUAAACUAAUGAUGAAUCAAAAAUCGUUUAAUUUUAGAUAUUUGAAGCUAAAAAUUAGCAAGAAAGCAACUUAAAUAGUAUUUAUAUAUAAUGUUAGAAAAUAUAUAAUUAAUAGUAACAAUUAGAGUAAAAUAAUUUAAAAUAGGAGCCAAGAGAUUUAAAUUAUGAGAUUAACUUAAAAUAAAUAAAUUUAGAAAAAGAUAUAAAAGUUAAAAUAGAAGAAUAAUAAACUUAGAAAAUCCCUUUAUAAUUAUCUUAAACUGGUCAUAAAAAUUGA